ACCGUGUGUCGCUGAGUUUUUCGAUCGGAAAUGUUUUCUAAUUAUUUGAGAAAAUUUAAAGUCAUUUAAAGUGAACGACUAUUUAAAAUCUAUUUAUUAAGUGAAAAGCAGUGAACAGAUCCUUCCUAAUAAUUUUCCUUUUAUUCUGGCACAAUUUUCUUUCAUGUUUUCGAACUUUUAAUUUGCCCACGUUCUCCAACCAAUAGGUUGGAUCGAUGUUUGGCUUGUCGAUUGCCACACAGUUGCUUCAGGGCUCAACCCAACGGACUUGGAAUUAUCUAACGACUUUUGGUUAUUUAGUUUGGAGCAAAUUUGUUCAUCUGAAAAGAAAUACCAUGCCCCGAUCCCGAAAAAGGCACCAUUCUCAUUCAAAAUCGAGGUCUCGUUCUCACUCAAGAGAUCGUAGCUCUGAAAGGCACAAAAGAAUUGAUUCCCAUGAAAAAGAUGGGAAAAGGAGAAAAAUUGACUCCUUGGAUAGUCCACAUAAGCGAUCAUUAAGUCAAAGGCAUUCGGACAAUAGUUUCGAAGAUGUUUGUGAAGAUGAUCAGAUGAAUAGAAUUGAAGAUGUCAAAGUUUCCAAAGACGCCGAGAGCGAUGCCGUUAUGAAAGAUAGCGUCCACUCUGCCUACAACAACCGAGAAAACUCAACAUCUAGGUGCCUUAAAAUUGAUGAAUGUGAUAAAAAUAAUGAUUCAAAGCAAAUCGAAAACAGUAUUUUGGUAAUAACAAGUGAUAGAGAAAAGGAAGAUGCGGACUCGAAAGAAUCUCGAAAUGAGAAAUCGUCUACUCCUUUAAGACAAUCAUUGACCCCAAAGCAACUUCAUCGAAAAUUGGAGUCCGAGAAGAAACGUCAACUGAAACAGGAAGAAAGAGAAGAACGGCUAAAGAAAAAAGAGGCGGAGAAAAAUCGCAUCAGGGAAGAAAAGGAGAAACAAAAACAGCAAAAAGAUGCGGAAAAAAUUAAACAGCUUGAAGAGAAACAACAACAGAAACAGAAAGAGAAAGAAAUGAAAGAGGAGCAAAGGCGAAAGGAAAAAGAAGAGAAGGAACAGAAGCGCAAGGAGAAGGAAGAUUUAAAACGCAAAGAGAAAGAAAUGGAACGGUUGAAAAAACAACAAGAAGCUGAAGAAAAAAAUAAAGAGAAACAAAAGGAGGAAGAGAAAAAGCAAAAGACUGCGGCGCUGUUUGUCAAUUUCUUCAAAAAAACGGAUACUCAACAAGAUGAUAAAAAAAUUGAAAAAGCUAAUAGUCAAUUUAUGCCAUUCGAAGUGAAAUCCGAUAUGAGACUGCCACCUUUGCGGCGAAAGCCUCUGACGAAUGAAGACGUUUUGCUUCUGGAUAAUAUGAUUGAAACUCAGAAUGAGAAGGAAUCGUAUUUGCAUGAUUUAAAGAGUGUUGAUUUUAAACCGAGAAAAACUCCAAAAACCUGGCCAACUGGCGAUCAAGACGAUGAUGUUACUAUUAUCGAGGAAGAUCAAGACGACGAUGUUACUAUUAUCGAAGAAGACAAGAAACUUGGUGAGACUAUUUGCGGAGAUGCCCCUCCAAAUCUGAAAUUUCGUGCGAAAUUUUUAUGUUUUCACGAAAAUAAGAGACCCCCGUAUUACGGUACAUGGCGAAAAACCAGUCAGUUUGUUAAACCUAGAAGACCCUUUGCAGAAGACAGCGAGCUUUUUAAUUAUGAAGAAGAUUCGGACGAUGAUUGGGAAGAAGAGGAGCAAGGUGAAUCUCUAGAUGUUUCCGAUGAUGAAGCGGAUAAAGACAUUGAGGAAGACAAGGACGAUUAUGAAGUUGAUAAUGAUUUUUUCGUUCCACACGGUCAUUUAAGCGACGACGAAAUUGAUGACGAAGAAAAUGCUAGAUUGUCGCCGGAGUCUAUGAAACAAAAGCUAAAACUUUUGAAAGACGAAUUUGAGGCUGAUAUUCAUUCAAAAACGCAUAAAUUGAAACCUAGAUCAAUUGGUUGUAUCUGGUAUAAUAGAGAUGGCGUUAACGUGGAAACAGCUAUACAAAAAUACCUUCAGCCGUUUGCCAUCAUCAUUAAGGGACAAAUUGAAAUUAAGAAAAGGAGUGAUAUAUUUGUCGCCACCCCUGAGAGGAAGAAAGUAAAGAUUGCUCGAGAGCUUGCACCAGAUCAGAUCUCAUCUUUCCUCGAAUUUAUUCAUGGAAAUACCAGUAAAAAAAAAGUGUUGAUUGAAGAAUAUUUGACUCAUAUGGUCAAUAAUGGUUCCAACGUUGACGUUUCUAAAAUAACCUUAUUAAAGUUAUUAAAGGAAGCGGCGUCAUUUAUUAAGUGUAAAGAAAACGGACCUACGAAAAACAAACUUGUUUGGGUUGUCAAGGACGAUUUAAGGAAAAAAUAUAACAUGUCUGAAAAACCAGGCUGCUGUUAGGAUUUCGUUUUUUGUACCAAUGCAAAGUUUACUGUUUUUAAUAAGCAUAGCAAGAAAAAAUUUUUUUGUUUAUCUGAAAUAUUAACUGUUACUUCAUAUACUAACGUUAGUAAAAUGUUUUCGAUUAUUCUGCAGAUCAGUGAUUAAUUUUAAUAAAAGCGAUAUUUUUUAUUGCAGUAUUUUAUUGUGAAGGUGUGCUAUAUGACCAAUUAUCGCAUUUUCGCAAAUUGUUGCUCUGUUUGAGAAGGCAAUAUUUCUGUCCUUGAUUUUGGUUGGGACCUAAUUCUGUAUGUCGAAACAGUUCAGGUGGGUGUGUAUGGUUUUGGAAGACUUAAAAAUCAUUAAGUCCUGCUAGAUUCCUCUUCGGUUCGAUCUCAGACACCUCGCUUGCACGCUGGUUAUAAUCGAGGAUGUUUCAUUAAUAUGUUUCGAUUUCUUCAGACAGACCUUAAAAUCUUUCAAUGUCAUUCAAUCUCACGCAGCUAAACAACGAAGCAUUCGGAAAGGAAUUAUUAACUCCUAAUACCCUUUAGUACUUGAUGUUAUGGAUUUUUGCCAGCUUCUUUUUCAAGUGCUGUACAUCUCUAGGGAUAUAAUAAUCGUGAAGGGCAUCAGUUC